AUGGCUCCUCCCGUCAGGAAACCUACCAAACCGUUCCAGCGGCCCCGUGGCCUUGCUGAGACGAUGGCUCGCGUGCAGCGCGACGAGGCGGCCCGACUCAAGGCAGCCAAGGAUGCCGCCGCCGCCGCCGCAGCGAACAAACGCGCGUCGGCCAUGGUGUCCUCGAGCGGGCCCAAGUGUCCCAACAAGCACUGCACGAACCCCAAGGUCGUCGACGGCAUCUGUCACGGGUGUGGCCGCAUCGCGGAGGAGAGCAACAUUGUCGCCGAGGUCCAGUUCGGCGAGACGUCCUCCGGUGCUGCCAUGGUGCAGGGUAGCUACAUCUCGGCCGACCAGGGCGGUGCGCGGACGUUUGGCCCCGGAGGACGCGGUGCCGGCUCGAGCCAGCGCGACAAGACCAUCAUUGACGCCAAGAACCUCAUCCACGGCUACGUCUGGCGUCUUGCUGGCAAUCCCCGCCCGCACAUUGUCGACAAGGCCGUCGCCACGUUCAAGCUCGCCAUGGGCCAGGGCUUCACCCAGGGCCGCACCCUUCAGAUGGUCUGCGCCGCCUGCAUCUACUACGCCUUUCGGUCGCAGGAGCGGGUCGAGGGCAACGAGCGCGAGACGCAAUUUGUCAUGAUGCUCGAUCUCGCCGACCUGACGCGGCUCAACGUCUUUCGUCUCGGCCGCUGCUUCAAGGCGCUCGUCAACAAGGUGCCCAUUGGCAGUCUCGCCUGCACCAUUUUUCCCGAAGACAUCAUCCACCGGCUGGCGACCAAGCUCGACUUUGGACCGCAGACCGACAAGGUCGCCGAGGAUGCUGUUCGCCUCAUCACGUCGAUGCGCAGGGACUGGAUCAUCAUGGGUCGCCGACCGUCAGGUAUCUGCGGUGCCUGCCUCUUGAUGGCCGCGCGCAUGAACAACUUCCGCCGCACCAUGCGCGAGGUCGUCUACAUUGUCAAGGUUACGAGCCACACGAUUCAGGAGCGCAUGAAGGAGUUCAACGAGACGGCGGCCAGUCAACUGACUAUUGACGACUUUCUCACCAAGGACUGGGAGAGCGCGGGACCCCCUUCGCACGACCCGCCUUCCUUCUACCGGCACUCGGAAGAGUACAAGAAGAAAAUUGAGGAGAAGCGACGCAAGCGCAAGCGCACCACCGGCGACGACGGUUCAUACCGCGACGGCAGCGUACUCGAAUCUCCAGCACCACCGCCGAUCCGAACGGGGCCCGACCUGUCAUCGGUGCCGUGCCCGAGCGCCUCCUACCUCCGCGACAAGGACGGCUAUCUCAUCCCGCCCGUACCGCCGCCCGAGCCGACGUCGGCUGAAGACAGGGUCCUCAACGGGCAGCUCGACGGCGAGGACGAGAGCAACUUCCCGGCACUCGUGGAUGCCUUCGGCGACGACAAGAGCAAGGCUCGCGGUGUUGCCGCAAACGCCAAAGGCCGGCCGCCCAAACACCCGCUGCCGAUCAACGAGGAGUGGGUGGACGACGAGGAGAAUAUGGAGGAGCAAAUCUCGGAAAUCAUGAACGACCCCGAGACGAUGCAGCACGCCGCAGCCUACGCCAGCGCCGAGCAGCGCGCACGUCUCCACGCCGACUGGGCGCUGCAGUACGAGCCCAGCAAGGCCGUCUCAAUGGCGCCCGAGGUCCUCGAGGACGAGUUUGCCGACGACGUCGAGGUCAUGAACGCGCUGCUGUCGCCCGAGGAGGUCAAGCUCAAGGAGAUAGUGUGGGUCAACGAGAACCAGGACUGGCUGCGCAAGAACCAGCAGCGCGAGUUUGACAGGAAGCUCGAGGCCGGCAAGCCCAAGCGGCCCCGCAAGCGCAACAAGCCGCGUCUCGGCGAGGCCCAGACGUCGCCCGCCAGCACCCCGAUCGAGGCUGCCCAGAACGUCAUGAAGCACCACGGCAUGUCGAAGCGUCUCAAUUACGAUGCCAUUUCUAGUCUCCUCAACAGCGGGCCAGGCGGCGGGCCCGGCACGGCCACGGGCACGGCCAGCGGGCAAACGAGCCAGGCCAACAGCGUGCUUGGUGAUGCGUUCCGCGACCGGGAGAUCGAGCCAGAGGAGGAGGAGGAGGACGACGACGACGAGGAGGCUGUCGGCGAGGGUGAAGGAGGUGGCGAGGGGGAAGAGUACGGCGAGGAAUACGACGAGGACUACAACGAGUACGAGGAGAACUACGACGACGAAUACGACCAGCCGGAGGAUGACGAGUAA